GACUUCAAUAAAACAAGACUGUAUUUACGUUAUUUGAUAAACAGCUCUAUGUAAAUGAGGUUUAGAACUAAAUUCGUAUAUUGUGUUUGAUUGUUUUUGUGUGUGAUAAUGAAAUCCCUUAUACUGCUCGGAUUAUUUUGCUUAUUAUUCGGAUCAGAACAGAUUUCGACGCCAUCCGACGAUAGUUAUGUAGCAGCGGUGGUGGAAUAUCGAGUUUUAGCAAACACAGAUACAAAUGUAGACAAUUAUGUCCGUUUAAUAAAAGAGGCUGCAGAGCAGAAUGCUGAUAUCGUGGUGUUCCCAGAAUUGACAUUAAACCUUGGCAGCCGACAGGCAGAAGUGCCGAUAUAUGGCAAGCUAAAGGAAUAUCCAGUACCAGCCCUACAUGCAGACCUCUAUGAUUCGGUUCUUGUAUCUAUAUCAUCAGCUGCCAGAAACAAUAGUAUAUACGUAGUCAUUAAUAUUCAAGAGAAAAUGGACUGUGCAGAUGCGCCUGGUGAAAAUUGUCCUGAGAAAAAACUAUAUCAUUUCAAUACUAAUGUAGUUUUUGAUAGAAAUGGAGCUAUUAUCGAUAGAUACCGCAAGAUUAAUCUCUUCGGCGAAUACUCACGGACACCAGCACUCAAACCAGAACUGGGUAUAUUCACGACAGACUUCGGUGUCACGUUCGGUCACUUCAUCUGCUUCGACCUGCUGUUCCAGGUCCCCGCUGUACAAGUAGUGCAGAAGUACAAUAUAACAGAUGUUAUUUUCCCCACCAUGUGGUUCUCGGAAUUGCCGUAUUUAACAGCCGUUCAGAUACAAGAAGGUUACGCCCAUGCUAUGAACGUCAACUUCCUUGCUGCUGGAGCGAACAAUGUGCGCAUUGGAAGUGCUGGCUCUGGAAUAUAUUCAGGCAAAGCUGGAGCACUCGUUAGUAUCAUGCCCGGAUUGCCCACCACACGACUCCUUGUUGCCAAAGUGCCAAAGGUCCCUGGCGAGGUAAAAGAUGCGUACCCUGGGCCGAUAUACGACAACCCGGCUGACCACGACUACCUCCUUCUAAAAGUGGACCCCUCUCUCGAAUCCCACAAGAGCCAGCUACUGGAAGCUGGCUCCCAAGACUUUGUGCUAGUAGAUGGCGCCACUAUGUGCAGAUUUAAAGUCAAUUUAUCUGAAUCUGCUGCUACGCUCUACAAAUAUAGAGCUGGUGCAUUUGAUGGAGUUCGUACGUAUGAUGGCGUGGCUACCGGUGGAGUCAGAAUAUGUGCCGUGUAUGCGUGUACCGAUGAUACCAGGGAAUCGUGUGGGAAAAGGUUCCCACAAUUCAGUCCAAACACCUUCCCGACGUUUGAAGAGCUGACAAUUCAAGCGACCUUCACUACACCACAAACUGUCCAAGAAUUAGCGGCAGAUGACGUAGUAUAUUUCCCCGUUUCUCUCAAACCAUCGAUACUACCGCUAGAAGCUGAUGAAUUCACAUAUACUUCCACAACUUUACUCAACACUGAUGUGUAUAGCUAUAGCUUAGUGAAUAAGAGCGCAGAAUUGUAUAACUUUGGCAUAUUUGGACGGGUUUUCGAUAGAGAUGGUCAGGACCCGACUCCACCUUUGGUUGAUGAUAAUGAAAACUCUACGAUGAUAACAACAGCUUCUCCUGAGUGCUGUUCCCCGGGUUCAUCUGCAGCGAUAUAUCUUAAUUUGUUCUUGUUAAUGACUGCUAUGGCCGUAGCGUCGUUUUUUAGUUGAUUCAAAAGUAAUUAUUUUUAAUUAUUCAGUCAAAUUUGUACUUAGUUCAAUUCACGAUAUAAUAUGAGAAGUGGAAGAAUACGCAGACUUGGGUUAUUGAUGAUGACAAGAGGUUUGAGUACUACGGAAACUGCGGAUAUUUAUAUUGAAGAAAAAAUGCGUCUAAAAUCCUAUAACUGUAUUUAUAUUAUAUCCUAAAUAUAUUAUUAUA